ACCAAGCAUACAGGACUUUCGCACACCGCACCGUGACGAGAAGGAAAUUUCGCUUUAUCCAGAGGGAAAUAAAGAGUAAAAUGAUGGAUCUACACCCCGACGCGAUAGUCCACGGAGUCUGGGCUUAUACAAUGUUGUGAAAUUUAGUUCAGAACGAGUCUCUCUCCCGAAUUUUGGCGAGUUUUAAAUUGGGAAUGUGGGCUUCACACUGACCGUGGAAUAAAACUGAGCGGCUGGCGGGCCGUGGUGAAGCGGAUUUUUGCCUAAUCGAAAAGACAGAAUGAUCCUGACUCAAAUUGAGGCCAAAGAGGCGUGUACCUGGCUGAGAGCUGCUGGUUUCCCGCAGUAUGCCCAGCUCUAUGAAGUGGGCCAGUUCCCCAUUGAGAUCAGCUCCGUUACCAGGGACCAUGAUUUCCUGGAUGCAGAUGCCAUUGAAGCUCUGUGCAGGAGACUGAACACACUCAAUAAAUGUGCUUUGAUGCGACUGGAUAUCACCCCUCAGAGGAAAAGAAGCGAAGACUCUGAUGAAGAUGAACCGUGUGCAAUCAGCGGUCGCUGGACCUUUCAGCGGGACAGCAAGCGUUGGUCUCGUCUGGACGAGGUGGACGUCUUCUCCCUGCCCGGUAACGGCGUCUCUGCGGGCGAUGACUGUCUGGCGGGCGGUUUGCGGGAGGGCGUGAGCGCCGACAGCGUACUGACCGACCUGAGCGAACAGCCUGAGGUCAGUUCCCUCCACAGCGUCGGCAGCGGCGGCCAGGGCAAAGGGACCACUCCCAGUGCUCCCAACACCAUGCCUUCCAGUCCCGCCACCACGGCGGCCGCCACCCGCGCCAGCUCGGUGGCCAGCGUCUGCUCCUCGGGAACGUCGGGCGCCAACGAGGACUCCCUCUCUGACGGCCUCCCGUCGCCGCUGGAGAGAGGCAGCUUCUCCUUUGAGGCCAAGUCCUGCCCGGGCGGCGGCGGAGGAGGGAAGGGCACGCGGUCUCGAGCGAAGAGCUUCCUCAAACGCAUGGAGAGUCUGCGUCGGCGCAGCAGCAGCAGCACGUCCAAGCGCAAGAAGAAGCUGGGGGGAGGACAGGGACGGCUGGAGAUCAGCGGACCCGUCCCCAAAGAAGGUCUGGACGAUGAGAAGCUACGCAGACUGAACUGCGUGGACAUCGCCGCGCCGGAGCGCGAUAAUACCAGCGCCAGUCGCAACCGCAGCGUGUCCUACUCCACACAGACCAGCAGCGGCAGUGCAGGCAGCAGCCAGUCGGAGGCCAGCAGCGGCAGUGCCAUGAGCACCCCCAGCCCGGUCACGCGGGCACGCAGCCACAGCACUGCCGCCGGGUCCAGCAAACGCGUCGGCAUGUACCUGGAGGGCUUCGAUCCUUUUAGCCUGGUCCUGCAGCCGGCCCAAGAUCAGAACCAGGACCAUCAUAACCAGGGUCAAAGGUUUAAUUCAGGUCAGCCAGAGAAAGGCAUUCACGGCAUAGCCGAACAAAACCGCCGCAACUGCAAGAAAUCUUCCCGCUCUGAGGACGACGAGCGUGUAAAAGAGGAGGAAGAGGGCGGUGUGAUUUUCUUCUACCUGCCAGAGGACCACAAGCCUGGAACCUUCCCCAAAGCUCUAGCUGAUGGUGGGCUCUGUCGCCGUGGCGUUAGUCGCCGCCCACCCCGCCAAGGUUCGUCCACCUCACUGGACAGCCGGCUCAGUUUCUAUGACAACGUGCCCUACACGGGUCUUGGAGAGGAAGAGGAUGAUGAGGAAGAGGAGGAACCAAAACUGGAGGAGGUUCUGGAACGUGUGAGUGGCCUGCAGCGACUGGUCAAUGCUUGGGCAGAGACAGGUGCUGAGGAAGAGGAAGAGGAAGAGGAAGAUGAGGAAGGGGAUUCAGAUUCUGCACUGGACUCAGCCUCACCGUGUCCGUCCUCACCACUCCAGAACCACCUGGAGGAGACGGAAAACGGCAGUGACCAGGACAGCACAGGGAACCCGUUAGGGGAACAUGAUGACACACUCCAGGCACGAGAGAGACGAGAUUCGGGUGUGGGAGCCUCGCUCACCCGUUCCAACAGGCCUCAGAGACUGCGCUGGCCCAGUUUCCUGAGCUCCCACAGAGCCAGUUUGGCAUCCACUCUGCUGCAGGUCGACUGUCAGUCAGUGCUGCAGAUGAACUUACUGCAGAAAUACAGUCUGCUGAAACUCACCGCCCUCCUGGAGAAACACACACCGACCAACAAACACGGCUUCAGCUGGGCGGUGCCAAAGUUUAUGAAGCGGAUGAAGGUGCGGGACUAUAAAGACAGGAGUGUGUUUGGAGUGCCUCUGCAGAUGAUUGUGCAGCGGACAGGACAGCCCCUCCCCCAGAGCAUACAGCAGGCCAUGAGAUACCUCCGCAGUCAGUGCCUGGAUCAGGUGGGAUUGUUCCGGAAAUCGGGGGUGAAGUCUCGUAUCCAAGCGCUGCGGCAGAUGAAUGAGUCGUGCGGUGCUGAUGGGGGCGGGAUCAGUUACGAGGGCCAGUCGGCGUAUGACGUGGCCGACAUGCUGAAACAGUACUUCAGAGACCUGCCUGAGCCUUUACUGACCAGCAAACUGUCUGACACAUUCCUACAGAUCUACCAAUACAUGCCGAAGGAGCUGCGUUUGCAGGCCGUGCGAGCAGCUGUGCUCCUGCUGCCAGACGAGAACAGGGAGGCGUUGCAGACUCUCCUUUGCUUCCUCAGCGACGUGACGGCCAACGUAGCGGAGAACCAGAUGACCUGCACCAACCUGGCCGUCUGCCUCGCCCCUUCACUGUUCCACCUGAACACGCUGCGCAGAGAGAGCUCCUCACCCAGGGUGAUGAACAGGAAGAAUACUCAGGGCAAGCCGGAUCAGCGGGACCUGAGCGAAAACCUUGCUGCUACUCACGGUCUUGCCCAUAUGAUUCAGGAGUGCAGAAAACUCUUCCAGAUCCCUGAGGAGAUGUCACGCUGCCGUAAUUCAUACGUGGAGCAGGGCCUGACCCCGGUGCGGAUGGAGGACCUGAUUGAGAGCAGGGGGGCACAGGGCUACAGGGCCCUCCUGAGGGACAGCCUAGAUGCUUUGCUCAAAGAGGCCAAGGACAAGUUCAGAGGCUACGAUAGCUUGUCCACUCCAGAACCUGCCGAACUGGCCUACAAAAAGGUGCAUGACGGCUCUCCGUUGCGGUUGUGGAAGGUGUCAGUGGAGGUGCCUGCCGCAGCAGAGGAGGUGCUGACCCGGGUUCUGAGAGAACAGGUCCGCUGGGACGAGGACCUGCUGGAAUGCAGGGUGGUAGAGACACUGGAUGAAAACACGGAGGUUUACCAGUAUGUCCGCAAUACCAUGGCACCUCACCCCCCGCGAGACCACCUGGUGCUCCGGACGUGGACGACAGACUUGCCCAAAGGAGCGUGUGCGCUGGUAUGCACCUCUGUGGAUCAGGAGGGCGCAGCCACGCUGGGCGUCCGGGCAAACAUUCUCACAUCCCGCUACUUCAUCGAGCCCUGUGGCCCCACGAAGUCUAGACUCACACACGUCUCCAGAAUCGACUGCAGGGGUCAUUUCCCUGAGUGGUACAAUAAGCUUUAUGGGCAUCUAAGUGCCGCUGAGGUCGUGAGGAUACGAGACUCAUUCAUCUGCCAGUUGGACAAAUGAAAACACACACGAGAACAUACAAACUGUAAACACACACGUGAACACACAAACCGUAAAUGUGACCUUCAGAGGCUCCUGAGUGACUCUCUCACUCCCAGUGUUGAUAAGGAGGAGAAACACAAUGAAGAUUACACUACAACAGUAUGACCCCCUGUGGCCUGGCCCGAGGACCACUGGGGGCAUUGGGGCGGGGCUGGGAUGGGGGCGUGGGGAGGGGCGGGGCUGGGGCAGGGCAAUGAUUGCCAGACACAGUUUCCCCUGCCAGCACAGCUAUGUUUGAUUGACAGGUUAAAAAAACAAAAACCAAAAGUAGGCUGUGACUGGAGGGGAUGUUAUGUUCUCUGCACCAUUAUGACAUCACCGCCAAUGAUGCAACGCCAUGUGAUGUCAUGACAUGCUCCAUCAUUCGCUGUGACAUCACAGAGCGGCUCAAGGCAAUGGGAGGGGUGCUAUUGCUUCUGGGAAGCAAGAAGAUUUAUAAGUGUGUGUAUGAUUGUGUGUGUAAUGUGAGGUAUAGUAUUUUAUGUACAGGGAGUGAUGUACAGUGUGUUUGAAUUCUGAGAAAAGGUGACAUAUGACACAUAUUCCAUGCACUGCCUCUGGAAUACAGUGUAUAUACCUACAGCUUUCCAUGUUAAGUGUGUGUGUGUGUGUGUGUGUGUGUGUGUGUGUGUGAAUGUCACAGUGUUAGACUGUUACACACAGCUAUGUCAGUGUCAAUAUGGUCAUUACACUUCUAUAUUCGCCAUAUGUGUUAAUCCCAGUUAGUGGAGGGUGAAUGGCUGGAUGGACAGGUGUGGAUUUCAGUCAGGUCAGGCUGAAGCUGAAGAGUAAAUCACUUGUGUAUGUGUGACAGUUCAGAGGGCUCUGCUUAGAGAAGAAUCUCAAAUGGAAACCAGUGUUGUGACGGACCAAAUGUUGUGUGGAGACUGCAGGCCUGGAGGAAGAGACACUGGUCAGAAAGAGGGCUGAUUCUCACUGAUUUGUAUAGUCAUACUCUAAAUGGCCACGUUCAGCAGACAUCUCUUAUCUAAGGCUUUUCAUGACCUGUUUGAUGAUCUGAUAAAAGCCCUGGCGGUCUUUUCUGUCAUCCGUCGAGUCCUGGAAUUGAGAGGCCACAGCGGAAGAGGGGUGUCUGAGAGAGGGAGACCAGAGGGAGAGACAGCCCACUUUUGAAAGGGGCCUUUUGAGGAGGUGUGCUGUUAUGGUGAGGAGUUCUUACCGAGGUGACUGUCUUCAGUUCUCUGUGUUAUGUCAGUCAGAGGAGGAUAGAGAAUGUUUAUGGAAAGGUGAAAAAAACAACAACAACAACAACGAAUGUUUCUGUCUCAUUUUUGUUUGUCAGUGUUACCUGAAAUGAAGUAAAAGGUUUAACUAGUAUACCGGCAAAGUGCGCUCUGAUUUACAGUCACUAAUGGCCCUGAGAGCCUUUUCCAUGUACAAAUUUAUAACUAAUUUACUCAGUAACGUGUUGCAUUGUAAACAUGUGUGUACAUUAAGCGUAUGCUGUCAGAAUAAGGAUAAUGCAUGAAAAUGACAGUUAAUUUAAGCAUUCACAUAUUUAUACCUCAGAUAUUCUUUUUU